AUGACUUGGUGUGCUAAAAUCUAUGAUAUUUUUAAUGGAUGGACUGAUGAUGAACAUGAAUUACCAUCAACACCAGCUGCGAAAUCGAUUAAUGGUCUGCCGGAGACAUCAUUAUCAUCGCGGAUUGCACGAUUUAAUGCACUCAAUGAUAGUCCAUAUUUAGAAAGAUCUCAUUCCAUUUCGAGCAUCACUAAUCCAACAAAUUAUAAGCGACAAAAUCAUAAUCGCUAUUUUACCUAUGAAAAUAAUUUCUAUUCUCAAGACCAAACACCAUAUGGAAUCGCAACAAUUUCAAAUAUGUCACUCAACCUUCCGUCAUAUUCAAAGUAUAUGGGAAGCACAAACAGCUAUUCUCAAGAACAACAACAAAUGGCGAGAAGUUAUUCUUUUGAAUUACGACGCAAUAACUGCACAAUACCAUCGACGGAGACCACAUCGUCCGCUGUCAGAUAUCCUUCCGUUCAACCGCGAACAGAUCUCGUCGAAAAACCUCUACGAUCUUCAUCCGUAAAUGUUUUGAUGAAUAGUUCAAUGAUUGGAAGUCGAGCUUCAUUGCCAAAUCGAAAGGAAGUGCUGGGUCCACGUUUAUCCACGCGCUCGUCAUAUUCAGUUCCCGAAUAUGAAAACAACGACGUUCCAUCUCGAAAUAAUGAGCAAAUUGAACAAGCAGUUCAAUAUUAUAUAAAAGAGAUGUUGACAUCAUCACCUACCUGUGUGUUUCCAAUGGUCUAUAGUUUUCCUUCAAAUGAAAUGUUACAGUAUAGUGACUGUCAUCGCAUCGAAGGUGGUUAUGAUGAUCCAUCACAAUGGAUUAUCCAAACGAAAAUUCCCCCAGUUGAUUGUCGAGUUAUGUCGGACAAUGUUGCAGCGAUCUAUUCGAAUUAUUUCUACGAUCAAUAUCAUUAUAAUCUAUUUGCAAUCGAUGAAAAUUCCAAUCCAGUUAUCAUGUCAAUCAAGCCCAAUGAUAAUAAAUUAACAAUCAUUGUUCGAACGAAGGAAAGUUCGCAAUGUAUGGACAUUGUUGAGAAUACUUCCGAUUCAAUUGAUUAUGUUUAUCUAUCGAAACAAUUGUAUCCUGACCUACAAGUGUCACAGUUUGAGAAUUGCACUAAUUUGAAAGCACAGCAAUUUAUUAAAAAUUAUGAUGAGAAGCUUGAGACUCAUAAAUUUAAAUUCGGAGUGAUUUAUCAAAAACGUGGCCAAACAACCGAGGAAGAGUUUUUCAAUAACGAACGACACGGCAGAUCAUUGGAUGAAUUUCUCGAUAUCAUUGCCACGAGAGUUUCACUAAAAAAUUUCAAAGGCUAUCGUGCUGGUCUUGAUGUAAGCGAACAAACGGAUUCCCCUAUAUCCUACUAUGAGCUAUACGAUCAAAAAGAAAUCAUGUUUCACGUCAGUACAUUGUUACCAUUUACACAUACUGAUACAUCACAAAUUCAACGUAAACGUCACAUUGGCAAUGAUAUUGUCACCAUUGUUUUUCAAGAAGAAAACACACCAUUUCAUCCCAGUAUGAUCAAAUCGAAUUUUCUACACGUUUUCCUUGUUGUACAACCUGUGCAAGUCCUUUCACGAACGUGCUAUAAAAUGACGUUGGUCACUCGUGAUGAUAUUGAACUAUUUCCACCAAUUCUUCAGCGAAACGUCGUUUAUGUUCGUACUGCGGAAAAUUUGAAACCAUUUAUUCUAUCGAAGUUAAUCAACGCAGAAUACGCAGCUUAUCGUUGUCGAACAUUUUCUCUGUUGCAAGAACGGACACGAUGUUCGUACCUGAAGACAUUGUGCGAAAAUUUAACGGAGAAAUCAUAUGAUUUAUUAUGUGAUGAACAAAAGCGUGCGAGUAACCGUCGUUUAUCUAUCUUGUCGAAUUCGUCAAAGAAACGCUAUUUUUCCAAUGUGAAGAAAAUGUUUACGAGAAGUAAUAGUACACCCGAUGGACCUCAACCUCAGUCAAGUAAAUCUGAACAAAUAACGAAUGAAAAAGAACGACGAAAAAAUGGAAAGAAAUUGUUACGAUUAGGCAAAUCAGUUGACAAUGAUGAUAAUGUUGUCAAUCAACGUUCGUCAGUUGCAAUAUCCUUGCCCGAUCAAGAUUUACCGCGUGAACGUGACUUAAUCAAUCGACGCGGCACUCGACAAAGUAACGAAAGUCUAGAAAGUAGUGGUGAUAUGCCAUCAUCUGAACAACGUUCUGCAAUUGCACAUUAUCCCACACGUUCAGUUCAUACUUACUACGGAGAUGAAUCUGACGAAGGCUUGGAUAGUAUGUCAUCAGCAGAUACAGCAUUCUCACAUAAUCAAACGCGUGUGCCAUAUGACAGUGAUGAUCAAGAUGCCUAUCGGCAGCAACUUCGUGAGAAAUCUCAACCAACUCAUAUUUCUCAUCCAUGGCACCGUCUAUCUGGUCCACGGCAAGGAAAUGUUCAAAUCUACACUCCUCAAACAGCUGGUAUUCACAUCAGUGAGGCAGCUACUGUUUAA